ACAAAGAGGCACAGAAUGCACAGAAAGCCAGGCUCGUAUUGACAUCAACACACUGGUUCUGUCUGUGAUCACACUCACACACACUCACACACACACUUCCAGAGUUUUCUGUGUGUGAGUGGUAAGGUCAGGUUGCUUGUGGGAGGAAAUAUGAUCUCAGAGGGUGGGGCUGCCCCGAGGAUCAUCGCUCACUUUCUCAUCUUUGAGUGCUUGUCAUGUUUCUCAUGUGCACCCUCGUCCAGCUCAGUGUGGAUUAUCAGGUGGCUGUCGCAGCUUUUGAACACCUCAACGCAGCCGCCCUCAGCUGUGGAACGAGCUAUGAGAGACUCUCUGGCUCCCUCAAACCAGCUGAGGUAGCGCCUAAAUUUAACAGCCAUGCCAGUAUUCAAAUCUGAAAUGGCAAGUGAUAGAAGUUGCAAAGACAGAAGCAGGCGAAGUAUCCCAGAGGAAGACUUGUGAACUAUUUAAUGAUAUGUGAGAAAGAUAGGCUUUGGGUAAAGUGAGCCAGUGGAUGCAACACAAUAUCAAACCACUUGUCAGGAGGAAUUCAAGUUGCCUUCUGUUGGGACACUUCCACCAUGGGAAUCCAAGAAAUGAAAAGCAUCCCACUGCACUGAUACGGUGUCGCCGCAGCACCACCACAGCAGAAACAUGCCAAUUUCCUUUUUCAACACAAAUGACUGAUGAGAAAGUAGGCUGCUCUUUCCUUUUUUUCCUCUCAGUCACUCACAGGAGGAGCUUGGUGACAAGGGGUCAUCUUCCUUCAUCAUUUUUCUCCUCAACGUUUGCUGAAGACGCAUAACUUUCGUCUGGAAACCUGACGUAUAUUGAUAGUUUUGUGUUUUUGUCUCGAAGACAUAAGCUUGUAAACUUCAGUCAUCUUUAGGAAGCCAUUAUGAAAUGGGAGAAGUUAAAGCCUCCAGAGCCAGAUGAUCCUAUGUGUUGCUGUGAAUGUGAUAUCUACCAGUACGGAUGUUGCUGUGACUGUGAAGAUCUGGAUGAAGCCUUUAGCAGGUGGCUCAAAGGCAAACCCCCUAAAAGUGGAUGCCAGUCUCCAGUUUUCGGGGCCUUGAUGCAGAACCUGGAGAUCUCCCUGAUCCCGGCCCUGCUGCUGCUGCCUCUCCUGCUGAGGGUUGCAGCGCUGCACUACCUGCUGGGUAUCAUCAUCCUCACAGCUCUGCCCGGCCUGGUGCUGUGGUAUUACUACGCCACGCACCGAAAGAAGAGACGCACCCUCUUCUUCCUCACUCUCGCCCUCUACUCUCUGGCCCACAUGUAUUACCUCUUCAUCACAGAGAUUUUACCUCGAGGGGACGUCAGCCAGCUGCAGCUGUUUAGUGUGACUGCCGGCAUGAUUCUCACCAUACUGUCUCUGAUUCACACCAAGAGAGGACCAGGCUUUGUGAGUGCUUCCCUACAAGAAGCACACAGCCGCAGUCAGGAGACAGAAAAAAAGGACUCUGAACACCUUAAUGGAUCUGUCCAAUCAGCAGCCUCCUCUUCAGAAUCAAAACCGCAGACCCUGACAGCUAAAUGGAGCAGGUGUCCUGUGUGCAAAAUAAUGCGACCCCCACGGGCCGGACACUGUCGAACCUGUGGAUCGUGUGUGCAGCGUUUGGACCAUCACUGUAUCUGUCUGGUGCUCUGCAGCCUCUGUCCUCGACAGUAUCUGAUGACGGCUCUCCUCUACUGCCCCGGAGUCUACAGUCAGUCCAGCACAGCCCUUUGCUUCACCUGUGCUUGGUACAGCAGCAUCAUCACAGGUGGACUGCUUUACCUGUUGGUGACACAAGUCCUGAAUAUCAGCUUCAAUGUGACGGAGCGAGAGGCUCAGCUGGCUCUGAGGAACAAAACGGGCCAGAGCCGCCUGUGGGGACUGGUCGUGGACACGAGAGAGUUUUCACGUGGCUUCUAUCAGAACUGGGUUGAGUUCCUCACCAUGACAGAUGCCUCAAUUUCUCUUCGCUCCAGCCUCACUGACUUGGUCUAGUUUCACUUUAUGCUUCACUGAUUCCUCGAACAUGAAAACUACAACCUUUUUAAUGCAGCAUGUGUAAACAAACAAACAAAAAAAAACUUCUCUUUGAGCUAUAUCAACUGAAGACUUCCUUAUGUUUAUUGCAUUCCAUCAUCUUAAUAAAAUAUGAUUUAAUACAGUUGCAGGACUAUGUAAAGGUGCUAAUCUUGACUGUUUAGCAAAGUACACACUGAUACAUGUUUUGGGUUUGAAUUAAAGUUUGAGGAUUUAAGCUGGAGGCAUAAAGCUGCACGCACUGCCAUGUUACUGUACUCAGUUUCUAUACCUGCAAAAAGUCCUUCAUGCUGUCUGUAAUGUUUUGACUGCAUGUUUGCAGAAAAAUGAAAUAAAAAUAUGAAUAAAGUAUGAAAAGAAAUGAGGAGUGAUUGUGGCAAAGGAAGACUAUCAGCCAACUUGGACUGUGUGAGCCAGUAAUGGUCAUUAAACAUCCAAAAACAAAGUUGCUUAAUGGAUCAAAAAAUAGAGAUGUCUUGAUUAUCAGUAGGUAAAAUGCAAGGAUCAGCCUUAUGGUUGAGCCAUAAGAAAGGAUAGAAACAGAAAAUCCUCCAUACAGUGGUCACUUUCAUCUCGUCGGGCUCAGCUGUGCCUCCUCAGCCCUCCAGCUAUGUGUGACAUGUGACAUUUAGCACUUUAACAUGUUAAAAUAUGUUGUAUGUCAUGGUUAGCUCAGAUAUUCUGAGCUCCUCAGGUUUGGAGAACAUCACGCUAGUUGGAUGACACAUCUUACCCUUCAGUUGUCUUUACUGGACUGUUGCAAUCUCUCUUUUUUCCUGUUUUCACUCCAUAUUCUUCUCUGCAGUGCUCUGCGUUAUUGAUUUUUCAGUCUAAUGAUGUUUAUUCAUUGCUUUCUCAGUGCCUGUGGUUUUCCUUUUUACACCGUUCAGACCUACAAAUUUAAACACAUGCAAGGAUUGUUUCUGUAAAUAAUCAGCUACAGAAAUGAUUUAUUUAAAUCCUGCCCACUGCAGUGUACUUUAAUGAUAAAAUCUUCAUUUCCCCUCCUACAGCAUAAUGCUAAUGGAAGAUUGAACAAUGUGUGCACUCUCCUGUAAUGUCUAGACUCCAGUUUCACUCCACACUUCCCACUAUUUACCAUUAUCAGUUCUCAUAAUGCACAUCUUGGGUGGAGCAAAUUGAUCCAGCUGUUUAAAUCAAUACAUUUUCUUCCAUUUAAAACACUCAGCCAAAAGGUUAAUUUGGCAUCAAACUUGGUUGCCAGCAGAUUCAGAGUCAGUAUGAAUAGACUUUCCUCUGGUGCCACCAACUGGCUGCUCUAUGGAUUUAUUUCCCCACAGUGAUGGACCAGUCGCUCCUCACACUUUAUCAAGCUUUCUGCUGUCUCAAUGACAUUAACCGCUGGGUGGCUCAAAAGCUUCUUCUACUGAACAAAUCAAAAUAUGAAGUACUCUUUAACCCUCCAAACAUACACAGCAGUCUCACCGCCAACAACUUUGGUCCAUUAUCCACCAAUGUAGAGCUCAUUGUCAGAAACCUAGGCCUGUUAUUUGACCCAAACCUCAGUUUCGCUCCCCAGAACAAUCUCCAAGAUAAAGCCGAUGCUCUCACACUCACACCUGGAAACACUUGUACAUACACUCAUCUUUUCCUGUCUUGAUUAUUCUAACUUCUUCCUUUCUGACAUUCCUGUAAAGCUCCUCUGUCACCUCCAACUUGUCCAAAACACAGCAGCGCGGCUUCUUACCAGUUUUAACAGACAACAUCACACCUAUCCUGGUUUCCAUCCACUGGCUCCCUGUUCAUUUUAGAAUCUAUUUUAAGAUUUUGCUGGUCACUUUUAAAGCUUGCCAGGGUCUCGCACCAAAGCUACAUUUGCGAUCUGUUGACCCCUUAUGAGCCUGCUCGCAGCUUUAGACCCUCUGGUGGAUCCCUUCUGGACGUUCCAAAGUUGAGGCUUACAUCUAAGGGUGACAGAGCUUUCUCCAUCAGGACCCCUUCGACUUUGGGAUGACCUGCCUGAGGAGAUAAAGCAUGCAGAGUCAGUAACUUCUUUUAAAUCACUUCUGAAAACCCAAUUUUAUGUAAAGUUUUUUUUUAGCUUUAAUUAGUUUUAGUGUUUUAUUCUGUAUUAUGUCCUCUUUAUUUUAUAUGUCCUCCCUUGUUUUAUUUUAAUUUUAACCUCCUAGUUCUUUGGUCUAAUCUCAUCUCGAAUUAUUUAAUUCUCUAAAUUUUUUUUUUAAUUUCUAGCUUUUAACCUUCAAUCUUAUUCUUUAAUUUCUAAGCUGGCUAGUUCCUUUGUUUGAUAUGCAUGCUAAUCUCGCUAAUUAUUCAUUUAACUUAUCAUCAUUGUUGCUAUUUAUUUUAAUUGAUUGUGCUGCCUUGCCUCCUUAUGCCUUACUUGAUUGUCUGUUUUUGCAUGUUUUGACUGUCAA